AGAGCCUUUGGACGGAGGCGGGUGCAGAAGCGUGGUGGCUCCUUCAAGGACCGGGAGAAUCACCUCCGGCUGCGGGGCCGAGCCCUGGCCGCACUGGAGGUCGGUGCCCGGCGGGGCCUGGAAGCCGGCGUCCUGCAAAGCAUCUCGCCCGAGGAGCGCAGGCGGCAGGAGGCAAUGUUUGAGAUCAUCACCUCUGAGUACUCGUACCUGCACAGCCUGGGCGUCCUGGUCAGCCACUUCAUGAGGUCGGGGGAGCUGAGGGGCACCAUGACCCAGACCGAGCAUCACCACCUCUUCUCCAACAUCAGCGACGUCCUGGCCGCCAGCACGAGCUUCUUUGAAGACCUGGAGAAGCGACACCAGGAAAACCUCGUCAUUCCCGACAUCAGUGACAUCGUGGAAGAGCACGCCUCGAAGCACUUCAACCCCUACGUCAGCUACUGCUCCAACGAGGUCUACCAGCAGAGGACACUUCAGAAGCUGCUAAACACAAACUCCUCGUUUAAAGAGACCUUGAAACAAAUUGAAAGGAAACCGGAAUGUGGAGGCCUGCCGAUGAUUUCAUUUCUCAUCCUCCCCAUGCAGAGAGUAACGCGGCUUCCUCUGCUGCUAGAUACUAUCUGUCAAAAAACAAAAGCGUGCACUGCGGCGUAUGGAGCUGCCACCAGAGCCCUGAAAGCCGUCAGCAAGCUGGUGAAGAAAUGCAACGAGGGAGCUCGCGCUAUGGAGAGGACCGAGCAGAUGUACACCCUGCAGAAGCAGCUGGAAUUCGGGAAGAAGAAGCUGGCGAAGGGCAGACGGGCCGUCCGCGAGGAAGGCACGGCCGCGCUGGGCGUGCGAACCAGGGGCACUGGGCUCGUGCUGACGGAGGAGGUCGGGCUGCGGGCACGGCGCUGCGGAGCCAGAGUAGUAAGUGCUAGAGCCCAGCGCCUUGCCCCCACGCCAAAUGAUAAUUUGCAGUAA